AUGGAUGAGACGAUGGCAGACGACAACUUGCGUGCCCGACUAGACAAACUUCAAAAUAUCUUGGGCAAGAAAAUAACCCUUGAUCUAUCAGGGCGAAGCGACAGAGUGAUACCUGGCAACCGCGAGACUCAAGUACCCAGUUGGGAAGAUGAACACUUUGACUUGAAGAUGCGCCAAUAUGAAACGUCUAAUGACCACGACGCAGAAACGGCUACCUAUAUGGCGAAUCCAAUUAAGUCACCAGGCACCUACAAGGAUAUUGACUCGGCCACGUUGAAAAUUGGGCAAUCUGUCGAUGAGGAGAUUUCCUUUUGUCCCUGGCAUGCAGUAGUGCAUUACCCAGCGCGGUUCAUAGGGAAGGCAAACAAGCCGAGGGCCCAGCCUUUCUUUGACAGAGUCCUGGAGGGCAAAACAUGGGACUUCUUCUACCUCCACAAUCCUGCCGAACCAGAUCAAAAGCCAUGUCUCCUUGUCCCAACAGCCCAAUUCGUCGGGUUCCUCAAGGGCGUAAACCAAAUCCUCGCAACAAAAUUAGUCAUUCCCGGCGGCCCAAACAAGCGUCUAUUCGACUUGCAUUUUGGGGUGGGAGGAACACCACGGCCCCGAUACCUAUUGCGAUCGCGGGACCAGAAGAAGCUUCAUAUUGACGAAUGGCCAGCUGCAAACGAGGAAGAUCUCCGAGUAUAUAAAGACGCAGCAGAUGUACAUCGGGAGCUAUGGCUCUCGGAAUGGGAGAAAACGAAGCAGCAUAGCUUCCCAGAUAAUCGGGGUGGUUCAUACCGCGCUGAGAAAAACAGAGAAGCCCGUUUGCAGAUGCUCUCGCAGACACAGCUAUUUCUUGGUCUCCAGGGAGCUCGAGAUCCACCUGGAAAACCUGUGACGUUUAUUUGUGUCGAUAUCGAAGCGAUUGAAGUUGCACCAAACCCUGUCUCCGAAAUCGGUAUCGCUGUGGUGAACUCAGAGCGCCUGAAGGGCAUUGCUGCCGGACCAUCGGGUGCGAACUGGUGGGAUUUUAUUGAGGCGCAUCAUAUAAGGGUAAAGGAGUAUGCUGGACUGGUGAACUAUCGAUUUGUUCAGGGUUGUCCUAAUAAUUUCGACUUUGGAACAAGCGUCUUUCCUCGCCGCGCAGAACUCGUCGAUACAUUAAACACUACGUUUGCCAAAUACGCGAAUGGCGCCCAUGAUGUGGUUCUCGUCGGCCACGAUAUAAAAUCCGACAUCAAGUACCUGUCGACAAUUGGCUUCCCAAUAGACCAGUUGCCCGGUUUAAUCGGCAAUGUCGACACACAAGCCAUCUACCGCGCGUGGAAAGAUGGCACGAAAUCUCCUAGCCUGGGCAGCGUACUCGUAGACCUCGACAUCAGAUAUAAAAACUUGCACAAUGCCGGCAACGAUGCGGUCUACACGCUCAGAGCGAUGGUUGCCAUCGCAGUGGUCGGACUGCACUCCGCGCAAGACGCGCAGUUACUUGAACCGUCUUAG